AUGACAAAUUUAGCGAUAUAGUAAAACAGACAAUAAAAUUGGUUUGGAGUAUAAUUGCUAUUUAAAAUUCUAGUUUCAUCAUUCAGAUAGAAUACUUUGCUUUCUGAUUUGUGUUGUUUUUUGCGGUGCUUUUUAUACUUUAUUUAUUGUGAAUUAAUUAAAUAGAUAAUAUAUAAUACAAUGUGAAUUUCAUUUAUAUAAAAAACAUGUGAAGAAUUAAUUAUAUAUUUAUAUGUAAGUAAUAGUAAGUAGUUUUUGAUUAAUUUUGAGAGAAAAGCAUAGAUACUUUUAAAAACUCAAAAAGAAUGCCUUUUAGAAAUAGUUUAAUUCAUCCAUCCUAAAAUUCAUGAAUCCUUUAUAUAAAAAUCAUAAUUAAAUAUGUUUAAAUUAAUUCAAAGAGCUUGCUUCAGAUAUGCAGUUGCUAGCAGCAAGGCUGAGGCAGAAAUAAAAUCAGUAGCAGGUAUUUAGCAUUGAAAGGUCUAGGACAUAAGCCACCCUCUUUCGAAGAUACUGUCUAAGGAAAAUAUGCUGGAGUGCUUUUCUCUACUGCAUCCUAAAGGGAAGCUCUUCAUUUAGUGCUUUAGGAUAUGAAGUACUUCAAGGAUUUAGCUGAAAAGAGUCCAGUAUUCGCAGGCUUCUUAUUAAACUCUGCAUAUAAGAGAAAUCAAUAAAGAAAUGUAAUUUAAGCAUUAACAAAAGUAAAGAGAUUUUGAUAUAUGUGUAGGAAGGCUUCCACGAGGUCACAAUAAAUUUAUUAAAUACGAUGAUUGACAGUCAAAGAAUUUCAUAUUUGACUAAGACUGCUGAGAAAUAUAUCGAAUAUUAUAGAAUCUUUAACAAAGAAGAAAAUAUUACAAUAAUAUCAGCAGAAACAUUAUCUGAAGAAUAAAGGUAUGCAUUUAUGCUGAUGAUGUAGAGCCUAAGUUGUUGGAGCCUUGAAGGAAUCGAGUCCUAAUGUUCAAUUCUCUGUUUAAUAUAAAGUUGACCCAUCCAUUUUGGGAGGUUUAUAAAUGUAUUCUGGCAACAAAUUCUUGGAUUGUUCAUUAUUGUCAAGAGUUAAUAAAUUGAGAUCAGAGUUGCAGAAGUUGAGCAUUUGAUUAAGAAUAAACAAUAAAAUAA